AGGUAAAUAAAAAAAUUCAUGGACUGGAAUUAAUCUUGUCGGGUAAAUAAAAAAGUAAUGGACUGGAAUUAAUCGUGUCAGGUAACAAAAGAAUUGAUGGACUGGGAUUAAUCAUGUCAGGUAAAUGAGAGAAUUAGUGGACUGGGAUUAAUUGUGUCAGGUAAAUAAAAAAAUUAAUGGACUGGAAUUAAUCGUGUCAGGUAACAAAAGAAUUCAUGGACUGGGAUUAAUCGUGUCAGGUAAAUGAGAGAAUUAGUGGACUGGGAUUAAUCGUGUCAGGUAAAUGAAAGAAUUAGUGGACUGGGAUUAAUCAUGUCAGGUAAAUGAAAGAAUUAGUGGACUGGGAUUAAUCUUGUCAGGUAAAUGAAAGAAUUAAUGGACUGGGAUUAAUCAUGUCAGGUAAAUGAAAGAAUUAAUGGACUGGGAUUAAUCAUGUCAGGUAAAUGAAAGAAUUAGUGGACUGGGAUUAAUCGUGUCAGGGGGAACAGAUAAAGAAAAUAGGGCUCACAUAUCCAGUUUCAGACCAGGAGGAGUCGCGCACAGAUCGGAUGCUCUGCUGGAAGGGGAUUACAUUGUGUCAGUGAAUGGGAUAAAAACACGAGACAUGAAACAUGACGAGGUAAUCAGCCUGCUUAAAAACACUGGAGAGCAGGUGCUUCUGGAGGUAGAAUAUCAGCUGCCUGAUACAGGUUUUUCCGACUCCUUUUCUGUGUGCUGUAAGCAAUACACCAUAAACUUACAAAGAGAGGGGAAGAGUUUUGGGUUCACUAUCAGGGGAGGCUACCAUGAACAGCAACACAAGACGCGGCCACUCAUAGUCACUCAAGUGCGACCGGGUGGACCAGCUGAUAGAGAGGGAUCUUUAAAGAUAGGGGACAGGAUAAUUGCCAUCAAUGAUUAUAAUGUGGCCCAUUUCUCGCUGGCUGAGGCUUCAGUGUUCCUGCAGCAGUGUGGGAGGGAGGUCAGUCUGCUUGUGGAAUAUGAUGUCUCUCUCAUGGAGGCAGUGAACAAUGCACAGGGUCCGCUGUUGAUUGAGAUUGACAAACUCCCUGGGAUGAAGCUAGGAUUACAUCUGACACAGACCACACACCAAGGCAGACCUUGUCUCUGUAUCGAUCUCAUUGAACCUAUGAGUAUCGCAGACAGGUGUGGAGCCCUACACAUUGGUGAUCACAUUACGUCAAUAGAUGGCACUAGCGUGGACCAGAUGUCUGUUGCAGAAGCCACCCGCCUGAUCGAGACCCACACUCAGGACACCAUUAAGCUGGAACUCCUCCCCCACAGACUGGUAGAGAGACAGCAAUCAAGGGAUUUCAUCAAGAAAAACGGACUUCUGAAGGCUCCAGGUUGCCUCCCCAGCAUGGCCCCUGCUUCAUCAGUCCCAGUUCUUCCAUCCUCUGCUUCCACCCCCUGUGGAUUUGGCAGCAGUAAUGCUCUAUCAUCUGCUCCAUUUGGAAACAGCAUGAUGAGGAUGUCGGGGAGAAGCAGACGUAUUCUGCACCGGAUUGACCCCAAACAAUCAUCUUGUAUGUCCAUUUCCUCAGCUGCGACCUCCGUUGUCAUUAGUAACCAGAUCUGUCAUGUGGACACAGUGGAGGUGUCUCUGUGUGGGGACCACAAAGGGAUUGGUCUGACAGUGGAAGGAGGCUCCCCAGAGGGGAUCACAGUAUAUUCUAUACAGUCUGGGAGUGUUGCCGAGAGAUGUGGUGUGAUCCAGGAGGGGGAUAGAGUGUUGGUUGUGAAUAAUAUUGACAUAAUCAACCAAUCGGCAGAGGAAGUUAAUCAGCUGAUUAGGGACCACAGACACAGAUGCGACCUCACUGUGGAAUUUGAUGUCGCAGAGUCUGUGAUGCCGAGUUCGGGGGUCUUCAUUGUCAAACUUCCAAAUCAUCCCAGAAACUUGGGUCUCACUAUCAAAACAAUUAGAGGAGAACUGAUCAUCACUUCAGUCAAGAAAGGCAGCGUGUCUUACAGGUGUGGUUCUGUGCAGACCGGUGACAGGUUACUGGCCGUCAGUGACAUCAGGACAGAUGGACUGACCAUUGAAGAUGUCAUGCAUCUCCUACAGACGCCUGAGGACAUACUAAAACUCAAACUGAGGCGGGAGGAACAUCCUAAUGAUGAGAGUUGUGAUGAGUCUGUUGUAUACACUGUGGAGCUUCACCGCCGUGGGGGACCGUUAGGGAUCACAAUAUCGGGGACUGACAGUCCAGGGGACCCCAUCAUCAUUUCUGACAUCAUCAAAGGAGGGCUGGCUGAAAAGACUGGGGCUAUACAUGUUGGAGAUCUGCUGUUGGCCAUCAAUGGAGAAAUGAUGAAAGGAAGGACUCUGACUGAAGCUACAGAUAUGUUACAGAGUGCUGAGGAUCUCGUGACACUGAAGAUAGCUAGACCCAUUGAAGCCAGUAGAUCAAAGCAAAGAAAAGGGGGCCAUUUUAGCGAUCGAUCGACAACACCUGCAGCCAGCAUAGACAGUGCAAUGGAAUCCUGGGAUAGCGAGUGCCAUGACACACAGCUUGGAGUCCCAGGCAAUGGUCACUGUGUACAACCAAUGGUCGUGUCCAAACCUCUUAGUCAGACCAACAAAUCAGGCAGAAGCCUUACAAGUGGUGGAUCAAACAAUUCCUAUGCAUUGUCAAGUAUGGACAGAAUAGAUGAUCUCAGUUCAGAUGAUGACCUUCAAAAUCAUAGUGUCAGUAGCCAUGGCAACCCUGAAAAUGAGGCUGUGGAAGAAUGGGUAAGAUCAUUCGAGGAUUAUGAGAACUCGGAAAUGUUAAAGCAGAUAGGUGCAAGUCUUCGAGAGAAAAGCACCUCUAGUCUAGACAGACGUGCACGACCAACCUCUUGUAGCAGAAUACACAGAAAACAGAUCUCACACAGCACUGCCAUCAAUAACAACAGUGAUAUGGAUCUGGACAAAGUGAUGGCACGUCCCAGAAAGUCCAGGAGUACUGUUAGGCCCAGCAAGUCAAACGCUGAGAUGUACCAGAAUCAUGUCAAAACCAUCUUUUCACCGACUCCCGUGCAAUUACAUAAGAUCACCUUAAUGCGGAGCACAGUGGUGGAAGAUUUUGGAUUUGGAUUGUCGGAUGGAAUGUACGAGAAAGGUGUAUAUAUAAGUGGGGUUAGGAAAGGAAGCAUUGCUGAUCUGUAUGGAAUUAAGCCAUUUGAUAGAGUGCUACAGGUUAAUGGUAAAAGAACGAAGGAUUUUGACUGUGCGCUGACAAUUCCACUAAUCACAGAGGCUGGAAACAGCCUACAUCUGAUCAUCAGUCGGAACCCGAUCUCAAAGUCCGCGAGCCUAGGAAACAGACGGUGUACUCGUACUCAGCCCUUCAGAGAUUAUCGUUCAUAUGACGAAGAAAAAACAUACGAAAAUUCCAGUGUGAUAUCAGCAAGUGUUCAUAGUCCCAAAACCGUUUGAUAUUAUCAAAGAUAUUCAGUGAUUUUUUUAUAAACUGCCUCUCUGAGAUUAUUGUUCAUAUAACAAAGAAAAUGUGAUGAAAGUUCCAAUGUGUUAUCAGUAGGUGUAUAUAGUCCCAAUAUUAUGAUGAUGUACAUGUACGUGAUCACUCCUUUUAGAUGAAAACACAAAUCUUUAGUAUUACAUGUACAGGUGUAAGUUUGAUAUAAGAGUGUCAAGGCCAACAGAAUUCAAACACUUUCAAUAUUGAACUAGCAACUGAUUUAUUUACAGUUGUAUGAUCUAAUUUGUUAUAUUUUUUAGAAAUACAAUUGCAAAAUGUUGGAGAAAUUAAUACAAUCUCUUCAGAAAAAGCUGUAAUGGAAUUUUUUUUUUUAAUACAUUUUUUCAAUGGAAUGAAAUGUCCAAGUAUUUGAAUUUGUAAAUGUAUUGGGCAGUCAUAUGCACAUUCAUUAUGCACCCAUUGUUUUUCCAUGUUUUUAUGUUGAUUUCACAGAUUGGUGUUCUCUACCCAUAUCUGCAAAAAUUUAUGAUGUCACAGCAUGUCUCUGUGGAAACUGAAAGACCAUGUCACAGUCUAGAGUCUAGGCAUGCGUGAAAAUAAUUCAUAUUCUUUCUGUCAUUUGCCUAUCAAUGAUAUCAUCGAAGCUUGUACUUCGAAUAUCUAGGAGAAGGGGUUAUAAAUUCAUUUAUAUCAAUACUAUAGUUACUGCAUCAAAAGAGUGGGACUAUGUCUACUUAACAAAAGUGGCCAAUCAGAUUUUGAAGCAAAGAUAUAAUGUAUGGUGUAAAAAAAGAAAAGAAAAAUGGCUUCAAAUCCAUGACAUACACAUUAUAUUACCUUUGUGUAGUUGUGAUACUAGGCUGUUGAACCAUUGGUUUUCCUUUAGUUUUGUCUUCUAACACAACUAAAUCCUGCUGGCAGUGCCAUUUAUAGUUUUUGGGGUUAUACAUGAGGUUAAUAUAUAGCGGGAUCUAAUUUAUGGUGAAAUCUUAGAAGUUGUGAGACAUAAAGAUGGACCUGUUGGAUGUAACAGUUAGAACGAUGGCAUCAAACAGAAAGGCUGUUCAUCUAUGGUUGGACAACUAUGGAUCACUGUAUAUUUUAACAAGCACUAACCUAACUCUUCUGAACAGUCUUGUCUGAUCUUUACAACUAAACAGUCUUGUCUGAUCUUUACAACUAAACAGUCUUGUCUGAUCUUUACAAUAUUGUUUUCGAUGUACUUAUAUGUAAAUGCAUAAUUUUAUUUUGCAUAAUGUUUCUUUUAUAUAUGUGCACAUACUGAGUAUGAUGGUGCAAUAUGACUUGUUCCAAUUUUCAAUGAUAUGGCUAGGAUUUUUAAACACAUGUAGUUCUUCUGCUUGUUUGUUUAAAUAACAGUUGAUGUGGAAUUGAAUGAAUUCAUAUUUUCUUCCGAUAUAUCAGUUUUAUGCCUUUGCAUAAUCUGUGCUCAUUUUCCCUUGAUUGAAAUUUUUAGGUGCUUCCAUUGUUCCAGAUAGAUUUUGUAUUGGUAGUAAAUAGACAGGGUAGAUUUUAUAUUUUGUAAAAUAUAGACAGAUUGAAAUCGAUAUACAAUGAAUAUUCUAGGAAUACCCUUUGCUGUCAAAUUUACAUAAUAUAUUAUACUGGGACUUGUAUUUUAAGUUCUUCACAAAAUUUUGUCCCAACAAAAGAAAUGUUUACAUUCCAGGAAGAUUAACCCUGACAACCCCAGUAACCUGAUCUUACUCUAGGUACACUCGCUAAUAUCUGUUAUGUUCUUCUCAUAAAACACAUAGUAUUGAAUAUGACCUAUUUUUGAAAUACUGAGUAAUCUGAUAUAUUUUUGAAAUACCCAGCAAUCUGACCUAUUUUUGAUACACUUUCAUCAUUAUCUGAUGAUGCACACUGAUCCUUUGUCAGAAAAGAAAUUAUGGUUAUAAAAUUAUAAUUUUGACUUAAAAGAUCAUGAAAUCCAUAGUGAUGGUGCAUACAUUAUAUUCUCCACUAAUGAGAGUUGAAUUUGAUAAGUAUUGGUACCAAGAUGAAACUGUUCCACCAUGAAUAUAGGCAGUAAACAGGAUCAUUUGGGUUUGGAUUGUUUUAUUGUGAACUGCCCAUAGCUGUUCUCUGUAAAUACAUUGUGGUGACUGGUAUCACAUCAGAUAUAUACAUCUUUACAUACAUAUAUAUAGACAGGCAAUGUUUACCGGUGUACAUUAUGAAUCCUUUAAGUUCACUCCACAGUUUUUUAUGUGGGUAAAUACUUAUUCAGUAUCAUCUGAAGCCAACUAUCCAGGGAAUGGAUGACGCCACUUAAAAUCUUCAAAUUUUGAUCUUUGUUUUACAUUGCAUGGAUUGCUUUACAAAAUGAUAGACCUUCAACUAAGGGUAGGCUGGUCCUCCUUAUCAGCUGUUCAUGCUGUCUUCAAAUAUCAUCACAAUGCACUGCUAGCAUUUCAAGUAAGAAAGAGUAUGUGUACCGAGAGAGAGAGAGAGAGCAGAGUUUUACUUUCUUCACAUUUCCUUCAUAUUAUUCCUAUUGAGAUAUAUAUACAUGUAUAUUGUUCCUAUUGAGAUAUAUACAUGUAUAUUGUUUGAUUUAUCAUUCAUAUCACAAUGAAGUUAUAAAAACAGAAUGCGUGCCGAUUCCGUACAUUUCACAUUAAUUUUUGUUGGUGCUAUUGACAAGUAUUCUGUUUAGUAGUGGUUUUCCUGAUCUUGCCUUUGCUGGUAUUUUUAUAUGUAGAGAACACGGCAUUAUGUACAUAUAUUUGUAGUGAAAUUUUUGAUUGUGAAUGGUUGUAUGAUUGUAUAUAACAUAGGGCUACAAUGGUCAUCAAGCUUCCAUUAAUUGACAAAGUAAACGACAUCGUUAAGCAUGUGACUGCAAACAAAGUAAGGCAUCCUCUGAAGUUUAUUGAGCGUUAGAUUGCUACAAUGUUCCGAGCAGCAGUACAAAUAUUUGUUGGUGUUUGUGUAGAAAAAUGUCUCGGAUGCAAUCAAUGAAAGAGACCCUUGAAUUGGUUAAAGCUUAUGAAAUAAACAGAAGACUGAACUCUUAGCAGAAGCAAUGCAAUACAUGCAAUUUACAUGUAUAUUAGGAAAUAUAUUAUUUUCAUUGCAAAUGUUUAAGCUAUAUCAGUUCUUGUCAAACCAAGUCUUAUGUAGUGCAUUCGUAGAACAACAUUUAUAUUCCCCGCACAGCUAAGACUAAAUCAAUGUGUCGUAUUUUGGGUAAUUUUUGAUUUCGUUCCGUAUCCAAAAAUUGACACUAUAAAUGGCUGAUCUCUGAGAAAUUUUCAUGAUGGUAGAAUUUAAACACUUAGCAGAAAUAUAACUUUAACAUUAAUUAUUGGAUGAAAGUAAUGGACUAACUGUACAGCUUUAGAGAAUAUCGGGUUGUGAAAGUAAUGGACUAUCUGUACAGCUUUAGAGAAUAUCGGGUUGUGAAAGUAAUGGACUAUCUGUACAGCUUUAGAGAAUAUCGGGUUGUGAAAGUAAUGGACUAACUGUACAGCUUUAGAGAAUAUCGGGUUGUGAAAGUAAUGGACUAUCUGUACAGCUUUAGAGAAUAUCGGGUUGUGAAAGUAAUGGACUAUCUGUACAGCUUUAGAGAAUAUCGGGUUGUGAAAGUAAUGGACUAUCUGUACAGCUUUAGAGAAUAUCGGGUUGUGAAAGUAAUGGACUAUCUGUACAGCUUUAGAGAAUAUCGGGUUGUGAAAGUAAUGGACUAUCUGUACAGCUUUAGAGAAUAUCGGGUUGUGAUUUGAUUUGUUGGUCUUUGCUUGACUGCUGUAUCAUCAUUCCACUUUGUGAUAUAUUGGUUGUUAUCAGUAGAAUUCUUUGUAUUUUGUUAAUUGUAUGUGUUAUAGCUUGAAUUUAAAAGAGGAACCCUUUAUAGGGCUAGUUAUCUCUCCAGCAUUCUAUGUAUUAAUGGAAAUUAUUUCUUGAUUCAUAUCAGAUUAAGUGUUGAUUGAUAAAAACCAUACUUCUUGAAAUUGUACUUUAUAGACUUUGUUGUAGCAGUAAAUGUAUUGCAGGUGUACAUCUCGCAUUCAGUCACACUUUGGGUGUGAUGCAGUAAAGACAAGAUGUCUACAGUCAUUUAUUGCCCUAAUUCACUGUAAAACUGAGCUGUUGAGGACACUUGCGAGUGAAGAAAUUAAUUUUUCCAGGUACUUCUAAUACUUGUAUUUCUAGGCAUGUCUGAUACAGUGAAUAUUGUGUAUGUACCUGAAGGUAACAUUUGAUUAUUGUCACCUUAGAAAACCAUCGCCUACCCAUGCGCAUGUCAAACAUGAUUUGUUCAAUCCAAUUCGAAUAUUUUACAUGAAAGCAGAAUGAUAAACUUUUAAUUGUUGAUGACAGGACGGGAAAAAUCACACAGGUACAUAAAAAGCUGCAAAUCUGUUUAUUCUUGAUUAUGUCAUUUGUGAAAUCAAGCCUAUCAAAUGAUUUGGUGUAAAAUGUAAAAUGCAGGUGUUUUUAUUUUUUGUAGGUGUCCUUAAUAGUAAGAUAGUGCUAAGUUCUGAUUUUGGAAUGUAACAUUUUCAAUAUUUUAAAAGGCAUGGUUACCAUUGAUCUGUGCAACAUGUUUUGCAAUAGUUAUUAACAAUUUGUUAAUUCUACAUCAAUAAAUUUGUUUUUUGAAAA